AUGGCCCCCGUCAAGAUCGGCAUUAACGGAUUCGGCCGCAUUGGCCGUCUCGUCGCCAGGGCUAUCCUCAAGCGCGAUGAUGUGGAGCUGGUUGCUAUCAACGACCCCUUCAUUGACACCACCUACAUGGUGUACAUGUUCAAGUACGAUACCGUCCACGGCCAAUGGAAGGGUGAUGUCUCCGUGAAGGACGAGUCCACCCUGAUCUUCGGCGGCAAGGAGGUCAAGGUCUUCGCCAAGAGGGACCCUGCUGAGAUUGCCUGGGGCUCGGCUGGUGCCGACUACGUUGUGGAGUCCACCGGUGUCUUCACCACCAAGGACAAGGCUGCCGCUCACAUCACCGGUGGCGCCAAGCGCGUCGUCAUCUCCGCUCCCAGCGCUGACGCUCCGAUGUAUGUCAUGGGUGUGAACCACACCGAGUACACCGCCGACCAGAACAUCAUCUCCAACGCCUCCUGCACCACCAACUGCCUUGCACCUGUUGCCAAGGUCAUCAACGACAAGUUCGGCAUCGUCGAGGGUCUCAUGACCACCGUCCACGCCGUGACUGCCACGCAGAAGACCGUCGACGGUCCCUCCAACAAGGACUGGCGCGGUGGCCGUGGUGCUGGCUUCAACAUCAUUCCCAGCGGCACUGGUGCUGCCAAGGCCGUCGGCAAGGUCCUCCCCGCUCUCAACGGCAAGCUCACUGGCAUGGCCUUCCGCGUCCCAACUGCCGACGUGUCCGUGGUCGACCUCACCGUGCGGAUUGAGAAGGGUGCCACCUAUGACGAGAUCAAGGCUGCCCUCAAGGCCGAGUCUGAGGGUGCUCUGAAGGGCAUCCUCGGCUAUGUGGAUGAGGAUCUGGUGUCCGCCGACUUCAUCGGUGAUGACAGGUCGAGCAUCUUCGAUGCCAAGGCCGGUAUCGCUCUGAACAACAAUUUCGUGAAGCUGGUGUCGUGGUACGACAACGAGUGGGGAUACAGCAACCGCGUUGUGGACCUCAUCGUCUCCACCUCCAAGGUUGUCUAA